AUGGCAAACGCGCCAGUGAGCCCCAAGGGCGGUGGCCCCUACAACAUGAAGAAGACCAUCCGGACAAAGGGAAGUGAUGGAGACUUGCCUGAAUGUUUCUUUCCUCCGCGUGAAGUGCUUAGAGUUCUCAAAGGCAUCAACAAGACCCGGAGGAAAUUGACAAUAUGCAGAUUGAAAAGGUUUGGUUGCAUCAAUGAAUUGAUUCAAGACAAGAUAGCAAUGGGAACCAUUGUCCUAUAUUCAACAGGAUCGUCAAUGUUCUCUGUGCCACAAAGCCCGAUAGGUGUGAUGGAUGUUGAUGCAUGUCUCAGCCAACAGAGUGAUGUACUACUGUUGGACCUCCAGCAACAUGCUACCACAGCUCUUCGACAAGCAAAAGGCAGAGAAUUGGCAGAUGAUCGAUCUCACAUCAUGAUGUGCUUCAGAAGAUGA